GUUUAUCCUAUGGAGUAUGUGAAAUCACCUUUACUGAUGAUGAUGUAAUCCACAUCAACAAACACGACGCACAUUUUUAUAUCAAUUCUAUAAAGGUCAAGAAAAUAGAAUCCUAUAAUCAAACCUCAAAUGGUUUGUACGGGUGUCAACCAAAUUGUGGUUGGUCAUUUGACCUAAAAGUAGAUAAUUCUACAAGGAAAAUUGCGCCAGUUGCUAGUAAACAGCUUCCUUAUACCUGUGCGGACAAUCCAACCACGUGGCGAGUUGAUCUGAACACCAAAGUUUUGAGUUUUGGAGAUACUCCUAAUCCAGAUUAUCCUUUUAUUUUUACCUUUUUAUCAGAACCAUUAUCUAGGAAUUAA